AAAACUAAUUUACUUCAUAUACUUAUUUUCCAUGCAAAUUUGGUUUCAUUUUCAUUUUUAGUCGAUCCUAUUCCAAUCAAUUUGUUCUGCCUAUUUUACUGAAAGCACUGAAGGAGACAGAAACUUUGCAACAAGAUGAACAUCGAAGUGAUUGAUUUUGGUGCAGUUGGCUUAGGAACACCUGAGCCCUCAGCUGCUGAAAUGGAACGAAUAUCCAGAGAGAUCAUAAGAGCCUUCAGAGACAUUGGGUUUGUGUACCUGAAAAACACUGGGAUCGAAGAUCAAGAUGUGUUUAAAAUGAUGGACAUCAGCAAGAAUUUCUUUCAGCUUCCAAAGGACAUUAAACAACAAUAUGCCCGUAUACUGGACUCUGAGAUUCCAAGCCAAGGUUGGAUUGAAUUAGAAAGAUUAAAUUCCACAAAAUGUGAAGACCUGAAAGAAGUUUUUAAUCUAUCAUCAUUAUCUGAAAGUCAUAAUUGGCCUGUUGGCCAUGCUCCUGAGUUUACAAGAAGUAUGGAAUCAUUCUACAAAGCCUGUCAGCAAUUGUCUGUCCGAAUUCUGAAAAUUAUUGCACUGGGCCUGGGCCUGGAGAGUGAUUUCUUUACCAGCCAGCACAAAAGAAUGGGGAGUAAUCAAAAUUUUACAACUCUGAGAACUGCAUACUACCCACCAAUACAGAGAUCCUCUGUGAAGGAAGAUCAAGUGCGAUGUGGAGAGCAUUCUGAUUAUGGAACAUUCACUUUACUCUUUCAAGAUAAGAAUGGAGGGUUGGAGGUCAUGCACAAGUCUGGCCAGUUCAUUGCUGCUCCCUACAUUCCAAAUACUCUUUUACUCAACAUAGCUGAUACCCUACAAAGAUGGUCAUCUGACGCAUUGAUUUCCACGAAACAUAGAGUUCCAAUUCCACAGUCUGACGACAUGAUGAACAAACCUCGAUGGUCAUUGGCAUUCUUUGUUCAUCCAGACAAUAGUGCAUCACUUGAAUGCUAUAGAGGAUUGGACAAGUACCCAGCUGUCACCACUCUUCAGUUCCUAAAGGAGAAUUAUGGUGAUUUAUUUAUAAGGGAUUCUUAUCCAAUGGAUGAUUGAACCAGAUGGCAUCCAUAGGACACGUAUGAAAUUUGCAGAUUGAUAACUCCUUUUAAUUAACUCAAGAUUUUGCAAAGUUUUAAUCAGUUUAUUAGUAUAGCAGAAUACAAAAUUAUUCAACUCAUAGGUUCUUUCCCUUCAUUUGAUAAAUUACCAACUUCUGUGGCAUUGCAUACAAGAGUGAAGAAUUAAGAAAAUUAGAGAUCAGUGAUUGAGUUGUUGCCAGGUAAUGCCUGGCUGCAAAGAGAAGUCUGCUAUUGUUAUCAAUGUUAUAUGAUAAUUUAAAAAAAUUAAAGGGCAAAACGUCUUCAAAUGCUAUGCUAGAACAUGCCUUUCUGAAUUCAUGGAAACUAAUUCCUCACAAACAUUUAAAAUAACAUGCAAUAAUAAAAGCUCAAUUUAAAGGAAA